AUGAAGAAGUAUGGGUUGCAACUUAGGGUUCAACCCCAACAGAAAAAACAGCCAACUAGACCCCCACUACCCACCCCACUUGGGUUUAACGACGAGGAUGAAGAUAAUGUUGAGAGAGAUAUUUUGCGCCAGGCCUACAAGAACAAAACUCACAGAGAUGUUGAGGAGCAGCAUAAGAAGGCACUUGAAGAAGACCCUUUGGCGUUUGACUACGAUGGGGUGUAUGAUAAGAUGAAGGAGAAACAAGUUCGCCCCAUUGAGCAGGAUCGACAAGAUAGAAAGCCCAGAUAUAUUUAA